AUGCCAAUUAGUCCCUACAACUCGUCCACCUUUCCUCUCAGGAUUGAAACUUUCAAACAACCGGCCACACGAAAGCUGAGUUGUCCGAGUGCAUUGUCCCCUUUCUUGAAAACAACAAGAAACCUCUCUCCCACUUCCCCCUCUUCAUCCUUUUCUUUCCUUAAUUUAAAAUCAAUGUUUAUUAUGGCAAUGGCAUUGAUUAUUGUUAUGAACGGAGCAGUGUUGAUCUUGUUGAUGAGCAAGAGCUCCUUCCAAUCUCCAACGUCUUGUGCGACUGAUGCUGCCGAUGAUUCCACAAAGGCUUCUUUACCCUCUGCAAUUAUUGCUCAACAAGAGUCGGAGAAGACCCUGAAUGCAAGGCAUUCAAAAUCUUCUUCAGCAAAGACUAUCAAACAAGAUCUUGCUACGACUUCCUCCGAUGCUAGCAGAGGCAUUUCUAGUUCAUCCUUUGAUGAUUCUCGUCCUCAAUUAACUCCCAUUAUGGUAUUGAAUGAAGAAUUUUAUCCCAUCACUGUGGCCACAACCAUGAAAGACGGAAGUUGUAAAUUGUUGCAUUCUGCCAUGCGCCAAGGUAUUCAUAUGAACAUUAUUGGAUAUGGAAUUAAGGAUUUCAAGUUGCAACAGAAAAUUGGAAUCAUCAUGAACCAAAUUUCAAAAAUCAAGAAUCCCAAUGCUCUGCUGUUAUUUGUGGAUGCCUAUGAUGUCUUGUUCUUUCAAAAUGCAGAGACCAUUGUUGCAAAGUAUUUGAAAUUGUUUGAAAAGAAGCAAUUGUUGCCAUCCAUGCCAGAGAAUGAUCCUCAUUCAGAAUCAACAACAAAAGAACAACGUGUGUCAGAGAAGGAGACAUCUACUGCCACCACAGCCACUGCAACCACUCCCACCACAGCCACAGCCUCAUCAUCAAAUUCGAAUGAACCAACCACUCCUUCAGUGAUUGCUUACUGUGCCGAAAAGAACUGUCAUCCGUAUGGUCUCAUCCAAAGUGCAAAAGAAAGAUGGGGUGAAGCAUUUUGCGACAGGUUUCCACGGGCACCGAAUGGUUAUCGUUUUCUCAAUUCUGGAGCUUUUAUGGGAAGACAAAAAGAUGUCAUUGCACUCUUCAAUCGAAUGAUCCAUUUAGAUGACGAUGUGAAACAUGACUUGUAUGGAGAUCAAGGAAUGACUAGUUAUGUUUGGCUCACAACAGAAGAACUCCAUGAUUCGAUCAAAUUAGACUAUUGGGGGGAGUUAUUCUUCUCGCUGCUCGACGCAAGAAUGUCGAAUUUAGCUCUCGAACGCCAACCUCCAAAAGAUGCAGCCAUUGCCAAGACUUCGAAUAGUGGUAUUUGGUUUCGCAACGCUGAACACAAGAAUUAUCCAUCGAUUGUGCAUGGAAACGGUUGGGGUAAACACAUUCUCAAGAAUUUGAAUUCAAGAAUAGCAUGGAGAGUUGCCGAUUUAAAUAAGGAAAAGGCCAUUAACUAUUGCUAUGUGAAUGGAGAAAAGAAAAAAUUUACAGACUUGUGUAACUUUUCCUGA